AUGAUUUCGCUAACCCGGCGGGGUGCAGUAGAUGAUCCUACCAACCCCCUGCACCGUCUCGGGCAGUUUAUGCGGACACCAUAUUCCGCUUCUCCGUCUCAUCUUGAGAAGAACUUGGAAACGUGCUCUCGCGUCUACCUUCGAUACGACCGAGUCCACGGACCUCCAGAAUCGCCCUGUGACGGCCCGUUUCGGGUCCUCUCUCAAGGAACGAAUACGUUCCGCAUUCAACGCACCAAUCGUGAGGAGUUCGUGAGUGUGGAUGGCCUGGAAGCUUCUGUGCUGGACUUUUCGUCGGACGAUCCCUGUGGCCCCUUACCCUCUGCUUCCCCACCUCCUCAAACCUCUAUCCCGCCGUCCCGUACUUUCACUCUCCCCUCUGUCACCCACCUCUAA